AUGGUGGCCGAAGAAAUUUCAACCCACCCGAGGAGGCCGAACGAUCUGGAUGACUACGAUGUUGAACUUGAGGAUAUUUUUCAGGAACCCAAUGUCUCCUCCGUAUCGGAUGUUUUGGGAACUCGGAAUGAGCGUGAAGGUCUAGGCCUGGAGGAUGCGGUAUCCGUGACGAAACGUGCUCAUAUACCGCGUGUGAAACUCGAUGAUCAAAGAUUACUAUCAGAGGCUGGCAUUCCCAAGCUUCGAAAUCGGGCGAGGAAACUUCGAUUAAAAGGGAAAGGGCAUGAGUUUAGCGAUGCUGCCCGCAUCCUCUCUCUCUACCAAUUAUGGCUUGACGAUCUCUUUCCCAAGGCGAAGUUCUUAGACGCCCUGUCCAUGGUUGAGAAGGCUGGUCACAAGACGGCACUGUUUAAGCAACGCCAGGGAUGGAUCGACGAAGAGAUACGAAGCAUGUCGGCUGAGGCCGAUGACCAAGUGGUAUCAACUCCACCAAUUAGCGCUGCACCAGCCGACGACGAUGAUGAUCCUGACGGUGUCUACACUGCGACACCACAUGGAGGAGCAACCAGCCCUGCCCCGCACCCCGACGAAGAUGAUAUGCUCGAGUCACUGAUGUUGGAGGUGGCUGACACUACUUCCUCCAACGCAAUAGUUGAUCCGGAAGCCGACAUGUUUGCGGAUGAGGAAUCCGCGAUGGCACAAAUGGAGGAUCUAUGGUAG